AUGGACCCCCGCCUCCUGGCUCGAGGCCUCCGUGCCCGGCCAAUGCCGUGGCUUCUCAGCUCGCGCCAACAACUGCAAUUGCAGCAGCCCUUCCUUCUCAAAAGCAUCCGCUAUAACUCCUCCAAGACCUCCUCGCCACAGACACCUCCUAGCCAACAAUCAACAAAAUCCACCUCGCCAGUCACACAAUCAACGCCGACCCCCGCCCCUGCCGAGCAAGCCAACUCCCAAGCACGAGAACCCACCAAGAGCGUUGCCUCGGAUUUCGACGAAAUUCUUAACAAGCUUGAUCUCGGAAACCGCUCAGCUAGCACAUCCCCCGACUCUCUUACCCGUGGGGGUCGUCGCAUCUUCGCCGACUCCCUAUCCCGCUCCGUCGCCGGCGUGAGCUCCCAGACCUUCCGCGACCGGUCUGCCCAGCAGCUCGCCUCGCGCAAAUUGGAGCUGAAGCUGGGCCCGACGCUGGGUCGUCAGAUCCAGGUCGAGCCGGAGCGGGGCGUGGAUCUCGCGUCGGCGAUUCGCCAGCUGCAGAUUGCGGUCAGCGUCAACAAGGUCAAGGCUCAGUCGAUUGAGCAGAAGUAUCACAAACGCAAGGGUGCGGUGCGAAAGGAGCUGCGUCGCACGCGGUGGAGAAAGCUUUUCCGUUUCUCGUUCCAGGAGACCGUAAAGAAGAUCCAGCGGAUGCAAGCUCAGGGCUGGUAG